GUCUAAUAGUAAAGAAGCAAACUAUAUAAUAUACGACGCACCCUUUCUCAAUCUUUCUGGAGAGAGUAACAGACCAUCAUAGCUAGCAGAGAAAAUUUUAAAAAAGAGAACCCUAAAGAAGAUAAUAUUUAUAGUUUCGCCCCAAAGAUUCUAUUUUCUGAUCAUUUACACCCCUGAAAGAGCAGAGCCGCCAUGUGUGGAGGAGCUAUAAUCUCCGAUUUCAUACCGCCGCCGAGGUCCCGCCGCGUCACGAGCGAGUUUAUAUGGCCGGAUCUGAAAAACAAAGGGAAAGCUUCGAAGAAGAGAUCGACGAAGAAGCGAUCCGAUUUCUUCGAUCUGGACGAUGAGUUCGAAGCUGACUUCCAAGGGUUUAAGGAUGAUUCAUCUUUUGACUGCGAUGUCGAUGAUGUCUUCGGAAAUGUGAAGCCUUUUGUCUUCGCCGCAACUACCAAACCUGUAGCUUCACCUGCCUCCGCCUUCGUCUCCUCUGGUUCAACUCCUGCCAAGAAAAUUGUAGAGUCCGAUGGCCAAGCUGAGAAAUCUUCUAAGAGGAAGAGGAAGAAUCAGUACCGUGGGAUUAGGCAGCGCCCUUGGGGCAAAUGGGCAGCUGAGAUUCGUGAUCCAAGAAAAGGCUCCCGGGAAUGGCUUGGAACGUUCGACACAGCUGAGGAAGCAGCAAGAGCCUACGAUGCAGCAGCACGCAGAAUCCGCGGCAGCAAAGCUAAGGUGAAUUUCCCAGAGGAGAAGAAGAACCCUAGCAUCUCCCAGAAACGCCCUAGUGCUAAGACCAGUAGUCUUCAGAAACCAGUGGCUAAACCAAACCAAAGCCCAACAUUGGUUCAGCAGCAAACACAUCUGAGUCAGCAGUACUGCAACAACUCUUUUGACAACAUGGGACAUGACUCUUUUGGUGAUAUGAGUUUCAUGGAAGAGAAGCCUCUGAUGUACAACAGUCAGUUUGGUUUAACGAACUCGUUCGACGCAGGAGGUAACAACGGGUACCAGUAUUUCAGUUCUGAUCAGGGCAGCAACUCAUUUGACUGCUCUGAGUUCGGGUGGAGUGAUCACGGCCCUAAAACACCCGAGAUCUCGUCAAUGCUAGUCAAUAAUAACCAAGCUCCUUUCAUUGAAGAAAGCAAUGCAGCCAAGAAGCUUAAACCUAACUCCGAGGACGGGAUAAGCCACAAUGAUGAGUCUGAUGAUCUGAUGGUAUACCUUGACAACGCCUUAUGGGACACUCCAUUAGAAGUGGAAGCCAUGCUUGGCGCAGAUACUGGUGCGGUGACUCAGGAAGAGGAAAACCCAAUGGAGCUGUGGAGCUUAGAUGAGAUCAAUUUCAUGCUGGAAGGAGACUUUUGAAGUGAUUGAUGGUUCCUUAGUUUGUAAAUAAAGCUGUGUGUUGGAUUUUGCUGUUGUGGGGGAUGGUACAAGUCACGCCUAGCGCUUGUUGCAUUGGUAUCUUAUGAGUCCUUCUCUUCCAUUCUCUUUUAACUUUCCUGAAAUAAAAAAAAAGGUGUGAUGAAGUAUAUAGGAGGUAUAAAUUAUCAUCUGAUGAGUCUUGUUGUUUGUUCCCUUCAUUUUUGUCUUUCUUUCUUUUUAAAUGACACUGUUUAGUAAUUUUCUGAGCUCUUUGUUUUUAUAUUUGUUGUAGCGUAUCAUCAUCACCCCCCUCGAAUGUAUUUUUGUUUUGUAUCCCCCAAACAUAUAUAACAUUAUAAUAAAAUCUAUUUGGAACCU